UCUCUCUCUCUCUCUCUCUCUCUCUCUCUCUCGGUUCCCUCCGUUGUCUUUUUAAUGUAGCCUAACUUCUAACUGAUCGGGAGAGCAGGGAGCGUCUGGAAAGCCUGGUCCAUCCCUGCUGAAGGGUCUGCUCUCACGGUGCUCUGUUUAAAGCUGCCCACCCAUGCAGGACUGAAUCAGGAUCACUUGAUCACUGGAUCAGUAUUUUUGAGGACACCGUUGCUUUUCCUCCGUGGAUUUGGGCUCAGUGUUGUCUGUAUUUAUUCCCCCGUAUGUGGAUGUUAUGCAUUAUGUCGAUCUGAAUGAAUCUUUCUUUUUUGGAUUUCCACCGCGCCGAAGCAGUUUCAGGGGACCAUUCUUCUCUAGUCAAGUUGCGCGUUAUAUUUAGCAUAUUGCCCAUCUUAUGAGUUCUCUUGAUAUUUUCAGGCCUAUAACUUAUAUUCGAGUUUGUCACACAAUGUUGCAGUUUUCUUGAAUGUGUCAUUAAUUCAUGCAGACUAUAGUGUGUUAAUUAUCGCGGACAAAUAGGAAAGUUUGGCGCUCAAAGUUUUGGAGACUAGUCGACAUGGCUAUGGUGGCGUGGAGAAACACCGAGGGCGUCGGGGACACUCAGGGGACCCUCUCCUCAUCGGUGUCCCAGGUCGCUCCUCUGUCUCUGCCUGGGGAGCUGACGGGACACAUGAACCCGGCGUCUUCUCUGGAAAUACCCCCGGCGGCAGCAGCACCACCCCCGGGCGCACCGCCGCCCAAUCAGUCCGGCGGCAGCACCACGAGCACCAGCAACAAUAACAACACCACCUCAUCUUCCUCGUCCUCCUCCUCGUCCAUGGACAAACAGCAGAGCCAGCAGAUCGAGUGCAUCGUGUGCGGGGAUAAAUCCAGCGGGAAGCACUACGGACAGUUCACCUGUGAAGGAUGUAAGAGCUUCUUUAAACGCAGCGUCAGGAGAAACCUGUCCUACACCUGCAGGGCCAGCAGGAACUGUCCCGUUGACCAGCACCACCGCAACCAGUGCCAGUACUGUCGCCUCAAGAAAUGCCUCAAAGUCGGCAUGAGAAGGGAAGGUACGGGCAGCCUGCGUCCUCCUGUUGUUUCUAUCGCUGUCCAGAGAGGCAGACUUCCUACUCAGUCUUAUCACGGCCAGUUCGCCCUGACAAACGGAGACCCUCUACAGUGUCACUCCUAUCUAUCCGGAUACAUCUCUCUCCUGCUGCGGGCCGAGCCCUACCCGACCUCCAGGUUUGGCUCUCAGUGCCUGCAGAGCAACACUAUCAUGGGCAUCGAGAACAUCUGUGAGCUAGCGGCCCGGAUGCUCUUCAGCGCCGUGGAAUGGGCCCGCAACAUCCCUUUCUUCCCGGACCUGCAGGUGACGGACCAGGUGGCCCUGCUCCGCCUCACCUGGAGCGAACUGUUCGUCCUGAACGCCGCCCAGUGCUCCAUGCCCGUCCACGUCGCCCCACUGUUGGCCGCAGCCGGCCUCCAUGCCUCCCCGAUGUCGGCGGACCGGGUGGUUGCCUUCAUGGACCACAUCCGGGUCUUCCAGGAGCAGGUGGAGAAGCUCAAGGUGCUGCACGUGGAUUCAGCAGAGUACAGCUGCAUCAAGGCCAUCGUGCUGUUCACCACAGAUGCUUGCGGGCUGUCAGAUGUGAGCCAUGUGGAGGGUCUGCAGGAGAAAUCGCAGUGUGCGUUAGAGGAGUAUGUGAGGAGCCAGUACCCCAACCAGCCGAACAGGUUUGGGAAGCUGCUGCUCCGCUUGCCUUCCCUCCGCACCGUCUCUUCCUCUGUCAUAGAGCAGCUUUUCUUCGUCCGUCUGGUGGGGAAAACCCCUAUAGAAACUCUGAUAAGGGACAUGCUGCUGUCCGGAAGCAGCUUCAACUGGCCUUACAUGCCUAUUCAGUAGAGGGAAAAGCGACAGGUGUGCUCCUAAGGUCAGGAAAGGUCCCACACCUCAAAUCAAGUCAUUUCAGUUUGGCAUGAAAUCGCUGUUGCUUCAAACAAGGGAAGAAAACUGCCAGUGGAAUGAGGGACAGGAAUAACAGGCAUUUCCAAUGUACAAAACAUUUAAAUUCCUAAUUUUCUGAUACCAUCUGCCAUUCCUUUGGUACCAGAGAUCUGCCUAGUGCUGCAUUUAAAGAACCGUUUUGCAGACGUUAAAAGAUUUCACCCCACUGGCAGAAUUCUUUUACUUGUUCAAAGAGAAACAAGAUUUGAAAUGCACAUUUUUUGCAGUGUGGUGACUGCUCACAGUCUAUGGUUUUUGGGAUAACAAACAAUAUUUAUUGGACCCUGUAUGUAUAUUUAUCGUGCUUGUAAAUUAUGUUCUGGCUCUUUUUUUUCCUUCUUUUUUUCUAAAUGUUUACGUAUUUUUGCCCCGGCAAGUGAAAAAACAGCAGGGAAUGUCUUGUCUCAUCGUCUUUUUUUCUUCUUCUUUUCAUACCUUCCAGACAUGGCACCUUCAUGACAUUUCAGAAAGAUUUAACACAGGUGUUUGAACCCCCCAUCGUCUGACUCUGACCUAGUGUAUCGUUGGUGUGCAGACCGAAUGGUGAGAUGGAUGCUCUGUUUUAGUUACUUUGGAUUCUUAUUCUAUUUACAUUAUCGACAUAAUAAGAAUGAAAGGAGAACACACUUCUCAUGUCAUUAUUUUCUUACUUUAGUGUUUUCUUAAAUAUUUUAGUUCAUACUUCCUGGCAGACUUAAAGAUUUCUUCUUGCCAAAGUUUUUAAUUUCCACUCAUUUUGCCUUCUAAAUUUCUUUCUGAUUUGAAUGAUAUGAUAAUCCAGAACAUCGUGUUUAUUUUUUAUCAAAUUAGUCAAUUUUGCCAUUCAUUGUUAUUUUUCAUUUAAACUUAGAGAUGAUAAUAAAGCUAAUUACGGCAAAAAUAGAUAAAGGGAAGGAAGCUGAUCAAGUCCAAAGUCGUGUUCAGUUGGCUGAAACUUGUUACCGGGAAAACGGAUGACGUUACCUUAUGGAUUCACGAUGAAUGCAUUACCAAACACUUCUGGUCUUUAACACAGAGAGAUUACUAGAGCCCUGGGCCUGACGUACUGUACUCUAACUCCAGUCUCUUAAACGGAGACAUGAAGUGGACACAACUUCCCCAACUCAAGUAACACAUCUGUUUCAUUAUUAUUAUUCAUGCAUUUAUGAGCCCAGGCCGCUUUAUGGCACAAUCGACCACUGCAGGGUAUUGCUGGACUGAAAGUUUGUGUAUGUGGGUGCAUUUGUGUGUGUGUGUGUGUGUGUGUGUAUGUGCGUGUAAUUGUGUUUACUUCUUUUUGACAACCACUGAUGUACUGUGAAAGCAUAUUGGUUAACAUAUUGGUACCGUAUUAAAUUAUAACUCAAGAUUUAUAAAUAAAGUGUAUUUGGUUUA